AGUAGUUACUUUAUCUUUGUCUUAAUGAAGAAAUAAUGCAAGCAAGGAAAGGAACAACGUGAAUGGAGGUAGCACAAACCAAGCUAGAGUCCAGGUAAUUCUCAACAAAGAAAGCCCGAUGAGAGAAAUUCUGCACGAAGACCAAGAAUAGAACCUACUAAAUCAGAACAAGUCUCCAAGGAUCGACUCAACAACAGACUCGAUCAUGAGCGACAAUAAGCCUUUUUUCAUUCGACUGAAUUUACCAAGUGGCUUAGAGGAAUCAUUGGAAGGGUUGGCCAAGGAGGUUUUGCGAUCUCAGCCCAAUAAUAUCCACUUGUUUGCUGCGGAAUAUUAUGAAAAUCAGCUCAGAAAAAGAAACAUUGAGCAAGGGCUUCCAGAGAAUAAAGACAUCUUUGAUUACUCAAUCCUCAAAUCAAAUUCACAGCUUCCAUACAGCGACGACGAACAUUUAAAAACUCAGCCGUUAGAGAUCGAAAACAUAAGUGGCAGGAACUCUCCACAGCAAGAUGCCAAUGAGAUCGAUUUUAAUGAUCCAGAAUAUACCAAAGCUGCAACGAAAAUUCAAGCUGGCUAUCGUGGCUCAAAAGACAGGAAAGACUUCAAGAAUGGUUCCGAUCAGAGAACCGCCAUUCAGAUUCAGAUGCCCGUUCAAAUGCAAGAUGAUGACGACGAUGACGACGAUGACGGACACGAGGAUGAUGAAGAAACGUUCGAGGACGAAGCGGAAGGAGGGCCGGUCGGCACUGAGGCGAGCCAUGAAGCAAUGGACAUUGAUCUGGAUGAUCCAGAGGUGGGUGCUGCUGCCACCAAAAUCCAAGCUGGUUAUCGGGGCAUGAUAACUAGGAAAUCUAUGCAGGAAAAGCCCAAGGCUGAGCAAGCAGAAACUGACCUCGUGGACCCCGAUCAAGAACAGGCCGCAACUCGAAUUCAGGCCGGAUAUCGAGGCAUGAUAACGAGAAAGAGCAUGAAGCUUCGACAACAAGAACCGGGAGACAAUUCCAAUGUCGAUAUUGCCUUGGAAGACCCAGAUGUAGAGCAGGCAGCCACAAGGAUUCAAGCUGGCUUCAGGGGUAUGAAAGUUCGGAAGAGUAAUAUCAAGCUCAAAAAGAAGGACUCGAUUGACAUCGAUUUGAAUGAUCACGAUGUUGAAAAAGCGGCGACCAAGAUUCAAGCUGGUUAUCGGGGCAUGAAGGUGAGAAAAAGCCCAAGAAAUCUGAAAGAAAAUGAUGUCAACACCGAAGAACUACCAAUGGUAGAUGGAGAUGCCGAGGAUAGGGCAGCCACGAGAAUUCAAGCGGGAUAUCGUGGAAUGAAGACCAGAAGGAAUCUUAUUACAUCUCAAGAGACUCAGGGCCAAGAUGACAUUGACAUUGACUUAGAAGAUCCGGACGUAGAACGAGCAGCCUCCAAGAUUCAAGCGGGAUACAAAGGGUUCAAAACCAGGCAAGGUUUAAGAAUCACGCGAAAUCAAUCCAAUGAUAACGAAAUUGAAGAAGCCGAGCCGGACGCUAGAACAAUCGAAUCUGAAGAACCCAAAGCUGAGAACGGAGAAGUUGAGGAAGCUGAAUUUCAGACCGAAAACACUGGUCAAGAUGAAGUUGACGUCGACUUGACAGAUCCAGAUGUCGAAAUGGCUGCCACCAAGAUCCAAGCUGGAUACCGAGGAAUGAGGACUCGAAAAGAAUUCCAAAACAAUCAUGCAAAUAAGUCAAGGGAGGUUAUUGACAUUGAUUUGGACGACCUUGAAGUUCAGCAAGCUGCAUCAAGGAUACAGGCAGGCUAUAAAGGUAUGAAGACAAGGCGACAUUUGAAGAACAGAAGCGUGGACGAAAUUGACAUUGAUUUGACGGAUCCUGAGGUGGAGAGGGCAGCAACUAAGAUCCAAGCUGGCUACAAAGGUAUGCGAACUCGAAAGCAAACUAAAUUUGUGAAAGAACCGGAGGAAACCAAAGAUUUGGAAGAUGAAGUGGAUGCCAAUCCGGAGACAGAGGUAGCUGCAACGAAAAUUCAAGCAGGGUACAGAGGACAUCAAGCCAGGAAAGAUUAUUCACAAAGAAAGGAGAUUCUAGACAACCGUAAGAAAAUUCCCAAGUCUUUGGAUGAAUUCAACCGCAACAUUGAGAACGACAUCAUUGAUAUCGACUUGAGUGAUCCCAACGUGGAACAUGCGGCUACAAAGAUUCAAGCCGGAUACAAAGGCAUGAGGACAAGAAAAACAUUGGGGAAGAAAGAGGCCCCAUCAGAACCAAUCGAAGAGUCUCAUUCACAUCAAAUGGAUGAAGACGAAGCUGCCACCAGAAUCCAGGCAGGAUUCCGAGGCAUGAAAACUCGGAACAAGAUACAUGACGUUACCAAAGACAGAAUUCCGAUAUCAGAUCCGAACAUUGAUCUUACUGACCCCGAGGUGGAAAAAGCGGCCACCAAAAUCCAAGCGGGCUAUAAAGGAAUGAGAACCAGGCGCGGUUUGAAUGGUGCAAAAACAACAGAGGAAUCGCACUCCAAUGAGGACGUUGUUGUGGUUGAGGAAGGUGAAAAUAUGGACGAAAUGGGUGAAGCAGCUACAAAAAUCCAAUCUGGAUAUCGGGGCAUGAGAGCUAGGAAGGAUUUAAAGAACAGAUUGGGCGACAAAGAAGAGCCUCAUGAUGAUGAUGAGGAUUUGGAAAAGACGCCUUCGGAGGAGGACCUCAAUCACCUUCAACCCAGCAAUGAGUUGGAACAAGGCGAAAUUGAUGCUGUGGCCAGUGCCAAUUUAGUGGAUCAACAUCCUAACGAUGAUACGAACGAUAUGGAUUUGGAAGAUCCAGAUUUCGAGAAUGCCGCAACAAGGAUUCAGGCUGGAUUUCGAGGAAUGAAAGUGAGACAAAACCGACGAGGCCAGUUAAAGCAAAGCCCAGAGGACGAAAUUGCUGACAUCAUCGACGACAAAGAGAUUGAGGGAGCUACUACCAAAAUCCAAGCUGGUUUCCGGGGAAUGCAAGCUAGAAAGAACUUGCAAAUAAGAGCAACCCCACAAACACACAAAGUAGCCGAUGAAGCCGACGAUGACGUGGUGGACAUUGAUCUAGGAGACCCUGAUGUUCAAAAAGCGGCUUCAAGAAUCCAAGCCGGAUACAAAGGCUUGAAAGUGAGGAAGGACAUGAGGACCUCAAAGCCCCAACAUAACAAUGUUCCUACCAUCGCACAGGAUGAAGAGGAAAUCAACAAUUACGAUCCUGACGAUGAGGAAAUGGCCGUGGCUGCCACACGAAUCCAGGCCGGAUUCAAGGGAAUGAAAACCCGAAAAGAGAUGACAAUGAGACGAGGACGUAGAGUGGGAAUGUUUGGCCAAUAUGAUCGAGAAGAUGAUAUCAAUUCCAGUGUUCAGAAUGGGGACCAACCUGACUUGGAAAUAUCGGCUACUCACGUCGCUGCCGCAGGAGCAAUUCCAUUUGACAUGCAUCCAUCCGCCCAUCAAGGCCAUGAGAGUGAAGACGACAGCCCAAAAAAGAAGGCCAAAGGAGGGAGGGAAGACUCCGCUGGCAGCGAAAGAAUGGAAGAAACCUUCAUCAAUGUCGGAGAGGAAUCGCCUUCCAAGAUGAUGCGUCAGGAGUCCCAUCUUGCUUCUAGCUUGGACAACAGCUCAACAUCGUUGAAGAAGACGAGGAAUCCUCUUCCUCCCAUAGAGAUAUAUCACUAUCAAGGCUCUCACAAUUCGCAAAAGGUCAUGGUCUAUCUCUAUGAGCGCGGCAUUGAGUUCUCGGAUUACCAUGUGGAUUUUCAACGGAAUGAACAAUUGUCCAAGUGGUUUUUGGAGCUCAAUCCCAAAGGUCAGGUCCCUGUCAUGAAGUUUGAUAACCAAGUCAUAUCAGAUUCGACUCGCAUUAUACAUCACCUUGAAGCUCAAGUCCCAACUGAUCUGUACCAACCACUAGUUCCCAAUUCCCACGAAACGCAUCUUUAUCAGCAAUACGUUUACUUCACAGCCUUGCUUGAUCAGCUUCCAGUGAACAAGGUGAUCCAAGGCCUUGCUUUCCAUCCUUGACGUGUCUUUGGACAGUGGUCGUGGGGAACCUUACGACACUCAUGAAUGUAUUUGAGAAGAUUCAAAAACAAACCUUCAUCGAAGCUUGGUCUUACGGCAAGCUGCGAAGACAACGACAAAGCAGCCUCAGAUCCUCGAAAAAAGAGCCUCUGAAUUCGAAAAAGAGACUUUACCCACAUUAAAAGACAGGGGGAAUUUGAGUCCAUCCUCGAUCAGGUUGAUAACGUCAUGGAGAAAAUGGAAAGCCAGCUAACCGAAACAAUGCAUCUGGACGAUGAGUGUGAAGGCUGGCUGCUUGGCAGCUCCUUCUCGGCAGUAGAUAUUGCCCUAGGGGUAAUAUUGAACAAGUUGGCACUUUUAGGUCUUCAGCCACGAUAUUGGCAGGGCACACCACUGCGACCACACCUCGAAAAGUUUUCUCCUUCAGAUACAAAAGCGCCAAGAUUUCGUUAGAUCAGUCGGGGGCCCUUGGCCGUGCCAAUGUCGAAAUUCUGGUCCGUGAUGAUGCUGUCUUUGCUAAAAACCGACGUUGGCGCGGUUAAACCGGAAGAUAACGCUUCUAAGAGUCUCCAGACCCGGACACACCUUUUGGACUCCAAUUCUGAUUCGGUCGAAGUGUGGCAGGAGCUUCAAAAUGGACUCACGGAAGAGGAAAGGCCACUACGGCCGAGGAGAAAAAACGGCGAAGUUGAGGAAGAAGAGGGAGAAGUCGAAUGGAAGUCGUUGUUUUAAGCCAGAGUCAAAGUUUAAGAUGCACUCUUUAGGGACGAAAUGUGCGCAAAAUGGCUCCAUACUUUUUUCUGCUAAGUUGCGUUAGCAUAACGUUCACCAAACAUUGUAGUUUUUUCAAAUGGUAAGAAAAUGAUAAAUCCUCUCAAAAGUAAAUUACAUAUUCUACAUACAUACCUAGGUC